AUGACAGUGGCAACAGAAGCCAUUUUAAUAGCCAAGGAAGCUUUGGGAAAAGAACUUCAGCAGCUAAACCAGAUGCGACCUGACAAAGCCUGGGAUGAGAUGUGUAAGAACAUCAAAGCAGAGCACUUAGCAGCAAGCCAGCAAAAUGGGGCACUGCAACAACAAAUUCAGGAGCUCAGGGAAAAACUCAAAAAUGAACCAGCUUUCGACGAAAUGUAUGAUCAACUGAAAGCAGAGAAUGCGGCGAUUAGCCAGCAAAAUGACAACCUGAGACAAGAGAUUCAGGAGAUAGCCAAAGAUCUCCCCAAGUCUUCUACCUUUGUGGGCAGUUGUGACUUUGAGGAGGAGGACAUUUGUGGGAUGAUUCAGGGUCCUGGCAAUGCAAAGUGGGAACAACAUAGUUCUGUGAAAGGAGGGCCUCAGACUGACUUCACCAAAAUGGGACAAUGCAAAGGAAAAGGCUUCUUCAUGCACUUCAGCACGGCCUCUGCUAAACCUGGUGACCGUGCAGUCCUGGAGAGUCGUUGGCUUUAUCCCAAACCUGGAGCCCAGUGUCUGCAGUUCUUCCUCCAUAACACCGGGGCAGCAGAUGAUGUUCUCAACAUCUGGGUGCGAGAGGAUGACCGCAGCAGAAAACUGAAGCUCUUCAAGAGUAUUUCAGGAGGCGUCAGGGGCUCUUGGGAACUGCAUAACAUCAAUCUGAGUGUGACCAGGAAGGCCCGUGUGGUUUUUGAGGGCGUGAGGGGAAAGGGGCCAUCAAAGGGAGGUUUCUCUCUGGAUGACAUUAACCUGUCAUCCACAAAGUGCCCUCAGCACAUCUGGCACAUCCACAACAUCACCGGCCUGCUGGCCACCACACCAGCAGGAAAGAAACUGUACAGCCCUCGCUUUCUGUCACCAGCAGGUUACUCCUUCCAGCAGGACCAGCAGGAGCAGGGCCAGCAGGAGCAGGGCCAGCAGGAGCAGGACCAGCAGGAGCGGACACUCCCCCCACCGUCCGGUUGGGAGGAGACACUCAGGACAAUCACUCAGCCAGAAUACUCACGCACAAACAGGCGCUGCGAGAGCCGCAAGCCGACUGUGCACAAGGCAGAGGAGGUGGGACGCAGCUUCUUCCUCUGA